GCUGUCCUGUUUAUUUACAUUCAAAAACGUGCAGUAAAAAACAAAAUUAAAAGACAUCCAUGAUGUCUUUACCUUUCUACCAAAGACACCAUGAGCACUAUGACCGUGCAUACCGCCAUAAAGCACUGCAGUCCACUGUAAGCCAGUACCAAAAGGAAGCAAAGAGCAAAUCUGCUGUCUAUGCUCAAGGGUCUUCAGCUUAUGCUAGGGGCUCUACAGCCUAUCGCCAUGCAUCUGCAGCAGACUUCAGCCUUGAAUCUUCAGCAGCAUAUAGUCAUGGCUCUUCAGCCUAUGACCUUGACUCAGCAGCCUACAGCUAUGGAUCUACAGCCUAUGAUCACUCUGCUGCACAAAGUAAAAGAUCUGCUGCCUACAGUCUUGACUCUGAAUCCCUCAGCAAGAGCUCAGCUGCCUACAGCCAUGAUUCUGAAUCCAUCAACAAGCUGGCUGCAGCCUACAGGCUGGGAUCUGAAGCCUACAGUCUCGGACUGAAAGAUUCCAAUCUAAUGAUUGAAGAUCAAUCCUAUAAGAUGAGUCCCAAAGCAAAGAGAGCAAAACAGAGUUUGGUAUCUGAGGACAAAGAGAACAAAGCCACAGACUACUCAAUGCCCAUAUUCACAGGACGAGAAGUGGGUAUCAGUGGGAUCACAGACACAGAAGAAGAAAGAAUUAAAGAAGGUGCUGCAUAUGUUGCCAAGAGGAACCUUUUUGCCACAGGUGAAGGCGUUAGUGUCAGUAAGGUGGCCAAGUCAACUUCUACAGAAGAACAUCAUGAAAAAAAGUCAAGGAAAGUAGCGAUCCGGGAGUCUGCUGAACGCGUGGCCCUGAAGAAAAAGCUAGAAGACACCCAGGCAUUCCAUAAAAAGUUGAAUCAAGAUAAACUUUUACAUGCUCCGGAGUUUGUUAUUGAGCCUCGUUCCCACACUAUUUGGGAAAAACAAAAUGUCAAAUUUCAUUGCUCCGUGGCUGGCUGGCCAGCACCCCGUGUUACAUGGUACAAAAACAACGUGCCCAUCGACGUACAGACUCACCCUGGCAAGUAUAUCAUUAAAAGUCGAUAUGGACUGCACUCACUGGAGAUUAGCACAUGUGAUUUUGAUGACACUGCUCAGUAUCGGGCCUCUGCUAUGAAUGUUAAAGGAGAAAUUUCAGCUUAUGCUUCCCUCGUGGUAAAGAGGUACAAAGGAGAAAUUGAUGCAAGUCUUUUGCAUGCUGGAACCGUUUCCAUGCCUGUGGGAUUUGGCGUUACCCCUCAUGGCUACGCUUCCAGGUUUGAAAUCAGCUUUGUCGACAAGUUUGAUGUAGCCUUUGGGAGAGAAGGAGAGACAAUGAGCCUGGGCUGCACAGUUGUCAUCAGUCCUGAUAUCAAGCGCUUCAAACCAGACAUCGAAUGGUACAGAAAUGGCGUUCUUAUUACACCAUCCAAAUGGGUCCAGAUGCAUUGGAGCGGGGAGCGAGCUUCAUUAACACUGACUCAUGCAAACAAGGAAGAUGAAGGUCUUUACACUCUACGAGUGGUGAUGGGAGACUACUAUGAAGAGUACAGUAAUUAUGUCUUUGUUCGAGGAAAAAAUACAGUGGAAGGGAAACACAAAGAUCUGCGCCUGGGGAAGAAUAACCUCAUGCGCCAGUAUAGGCUGGGGGCUGACUGUCUGCAAAGCCGCUUUUCAGAAAAGACCCUGGGGGUCCUGGUGGACACCAAGAUUAAUAAUUGUGAAAACUGUGGUUCACAUUUGGAAACGUAUGUCUCCAUCCUCAUAGAUGCUGAUGCUGAAAUCCCUGGAGCCCCUGGUGCACCACUAGACGUGCAGUGCUUAGAUGCCAACAAAGAUUAUGUCAUUGUCUCCUGGAAGCAGCCUGCUGUAGACGGAGGAAACCCCAUCCUUGGUUAUUUCAUUGACAG